UUAUUUGCAUUCCGAGAAGGAGGAGCCGCUCAGCGCUCCCCCCACCACCGGCGGGAUAAUGGACGGGUCCAGGAGAGGUCGGCAGGGAAGUCCGCCUGCCGGUGCUCGCGCUGUUCCUCCGUCUCCCCUUCCUGAAAGUGGUCUACCUCUAUAUGAAUGUCCAAUAUGCCAUCUUAGUUGUACCAAUUAUCCAGUUCUGCAAGAACAUGUUGAACUGCACCUGGAUGAAUGCAGCAUUUUAGAAGGAAGAAACUUGAAUGAUCUAGAAUUGGCGCAGCAUCUUCAAAAUGAAGAGGAUAGACAAAGAAGAACAGAAACUGCAAGGCAAGAAAAGGAUGAUUUCCAAAAGUUGCAGAGACAAUAUGGCUUAGAUGGCUCUGGAGGGUACAAGCAACAGUCUCUAAAAGCCAUGACAAAAGAAGUGGAUUUCGGAAGAAUGCAACCAUCAGAAUAUCACAGGAGAAAAGCUGAUAUGUUGGAAUCUCUGGCUUUAGGCGUUGAUGAUGGAAAGACAAAGACUUCAGGAAUUACUGAAGCAUUGUGCCAGUACUAUCAGAAUGAAUGCAAAGAUAUAAAGCACGUGUGGCUUUCUACAGGAGUGGAUCACUUUCACUGUUCUCUUGGAGACAAAGGCUGGGGUUGUGGUUAUCGGAAUUUUCAAAUUCUGUUUUCUUCUCUUUUGAGAAAUAACUCCUAUAAAGAAUGUUUGAAAGAUAUUUCAUCAGUUCCUUGUAUUCCAAAAAUACAAACACAAAUUGAAGAUGCCUGGAAAGAAGGUUUUGAUCCCCAAGGAGCUUCUCAUUUCAACAGCAGAUUACAAGGAACUAAAGCAUGGAUAGGAGCAUGUGAAAUUUAUUCACUCUUAACUUUUCUAAGGCUAAAGUGUCAAAUUAUUGACUUUCAUCAGCCUACUGGCUCUUCUGGUACACACCCUCGUUUGUUUGAAUGGGUGUUAAACUAUUAUUCUUCAGGUAAAGAUAACAAUGGAAAGGUUAUGAGUACUUCCAAGCCACCAAUUUAUCUGCAGCACCAAGGUCAUAGUCGUACUGUUGUUGGAAUUGAGGAAAGAAAAAACAAAAGUUUAUGUCUACUAAUAUUUGAUCCUGGCUGCCCUUCAGAAGAAAUGCAAAAACUCUUAAAAGGCAUUGAUGGGAACAAUCUAAAAUUAUUUCGAAGACUUCCAGGAGGCUUAAAACAUAAGCAAUAUCAAAUAGUGUCUGUGGGUGGUAUGCUGACAGAAGAGGAAAAAGUUGCUCGUAGACAGGCUUCUCAAUUCUUCACAGCACAGAAAAUUCCUUGAAAUAAUAUCUGAAAAAUGAAGGAAAUUGAAGGCUGCAGAGGAGAUCUGUUUAUGCAGAUCUGUUUAUGUUGAGUAAUGUACAUAGCAGUUUUUAACAUUUUAUAUAAAUAUUGAAAUACUUAA